UUGGCGGCCAGAGGAAGCAGAGGCGCAGCGCGCGGAGCUCAGCACCACCUCCAUCCCCGCAAGCGAUCACGCAAUGGCGACGGAGAACAAGUACCUGCCCGAGCUGAUGGCCGAGAGGGACAGCCUGGACCCGUCCUUCGUGCACGCCACCCGGCUGCUGACCGCAGAAAUUGAGAAAGUUCAAAAAGGCGAGAAGAAAGAUGAGGAAAAGAGGUUCCUUGACAUCCUGACACAGAAAAAUAUCAAGCUUUCUGAACGAUGUCUGAUACCAGUUGCGCAGUUCCCAAAGUUCAACUUUGUAGGAAAACUGCUUGGGCCUAGAGGAAACUCAUUAAAACGGUUACAAGAAGAAACUGGCACAAAAAUGUCUAUCCUUGGAAAAGGCUCAAUGAGGGAUAAGGCCAAGGAAGAUGAACUGCGUAAAGGAGGAGAGGCGAAGUAUGCACACUUAAGCGCUGAACUCCACGUUCUUGUCGAAGUAUUUGCACCCCCAACUGAGGCAUAUUCUCGAAUGUAUCAUGCUAUGGAAGAACUUAAAAAAUUUCUUAUUCCUGACUACAAUGAUGAAAUAAGACAGGAACAAUUAACAGAGUUGGCGUACUUAAAUGGUGGGCAAGACCCUUCCCGUGGCAGAGGGGUACGUGGGCGUGGAGCUCCACCAGUACCUAUUGCAAGGGGACGUGGUGCUGCACCGCCACCACCUACCCCACAGUACGGGCCACGAGGUGCCAUGACACGUGGCACGGUGGUGAGAGGAGUGCCUGGAGGCCGGAGGGAAGUACCACCGGGUGGUCGCGGUGCAGUCCCACCACAAAGGGGUGCUCCAACUACACGUGCUCGGGGAGCACCUACUGCAUACAGGCAGCCGCUGCACGCUCCCCCUACUCAGGAGACCUACGAUGAAUAUGUCUAUGAUGAUGGAUAUGCAGAACAGAAUUACGACAGUUAUGAAAACUAUUAUGAGCAAUCUCAAGGUGAUGCCGAGUAUUUUGACUAUGGACACGGAGAGGCCCAGGAAACGUAUGAGGAUUAUGGACAAGAUGAGUGGAAUGCGGGCAGAGCAAGCAUGAAGGCACCUCCAGCAAGGCCACUCAAGGGAAUGUACAGAGAACACCCCUAUGGUAGAUAUUAAGGCAGCCCUCUGACCACGUGUGCGUCCUUAUUUCCUUCAAUCUUCUGUGGUCACCAUCUUGUAAACAACUGUGAGACAAGUAAUAGUCCAUUUGUUUUCUACUCUAUGGACAUUUUUUUGGGCAGACUGGUUUAUGUACGUGUUUAAAUGAUAUUAAAACCAUGGUAGUGCAACUCUGGCAUGAUAUGUUUCAAUAAAUUAGAGGACAGCGAUUUCAGAUAAGACCAUAUGAUUAGAAUGCUUUGUCGUUUUUAUACUGUUGGCACAUCUUGUCAAUAUUCAUGUACGUGUAAAAGAUGGCUUUUAUUUGAAGUUUGGAUUUCAUUCUGCUGUGUAGGUAUUUUUAGACUUGUUUACCAUGAGUUACUUUGUUAAGUUGAUUCAGUUCGGACAAUGUUUAAAUGAUCUUUGAAGUUGCAGAAUCCCAUUGGAUUACAUGAGCUGCAUUUCAAAUCUGUCAAAUUGAAUCUUCACCACAUUCCAUUCACCCUUGGCCUCUUUAAAGAAUUGUCAUUUUUAUUCAAAACAAAUUGCUUUACAGCCAUUUUUGCUACUACCUAUAAAUUUACCGUUUUGGACAAGAUGUAAAUCUUGACGUUUUUAACCCUUUUUGGACCAAGUUUGAGAGUCAAGUGAGGUACUUAAAAAAAUAAAUAAAAAACGGGAGCAGAGGUUCAGGAUUUUUAUAAAGGGAUGUUGUGUACAUUUGAUUUUGACCGUUUUGAACGACCCCUUCGAGGUUGAUAUAGUGGAGAUGCAAUAAAUAUGUUCCUACAGACUACUUGCCAGUGAAUAUUUCAGUUAUUGCAUAGAUGCGCAUUAUUUCAAAGUUACUUUUGCAACAGUUGCUAGUCACUUGCAGCAUGUGAAUUUGUGUUGGCAAGGUUUUGGUAGGUCCUGCCUGUGAGGUUGGGGAGGGGGUCACCAGCUCAGGUGCAUAUCCUUGACUGUUCAGCGCCUUGGGACUCCUUCCUGCCAUGAAAGGCGCUGCAUAAAUGCAAGUCGUAGCUGUGAUGCUUCCUGUUUAAUCCACCAAAAGGAACAGUACUGCAGCCUGCAUCACAAUUCAACAACAAAUUGCGUUUGUAUAGCGCCGUUCAUGGUGGGAGGGCGCCACAAGGAUCAGCACAAGAAAUAGACACAGCAGAUAAAUAAUUAGCCACAGUUAAUUUGUAAUCUUACAAUUAUAAUAGAGCACAUCAAUUGGACAUUGGAGUGGGGUUUUGCUUGGAAAAGGCCUUAACUUGUUAUUUAUUCUGGAAACAUACCAUUGCUAGAUCAAAACUGCCACUGUAUUUUGAUGAAUUGCACAAAGCUAAUUAUUGAAGUGAAACUUCAUUUUUUUUACAUCUAUGUAACGUGCACUUUUUUGUGUGGUUGAAUUUUUUUUCGAAACCACAGUGCAUUUGUAAUGUUCAAGCUCAUUAGUAGCAAAUCACUGGCCACAGGGAUGCUUGAAACUUAGACUUUAGGUGUUUCCUCUAGGUUGUUUUUGAUUCUGUUUGAAUUGUUUAGAUAGAUGGUGAGCAGUUUCAGUAUUGAAUAAGGCUGUGUGUGAUCCUGUUGGUAAUUGUACAUCUGUUCUGAUGUCUUUAGAGAAGUCGCAGUGCAGUGUCACAGGAUGAUUUUUAAGACAGAUGCGUGGAAAUGAAUGUGUUUGGUUUAUUCUCUGGCUUCUCUUGAGCAGUUUCAGUACGUUAGAAAGCAGUAUUGUUGUGCUUUCAGGCACAAUGUGAUAUGUUGAUGUACCAACCUACAAUGAUGUAAAGAAUGGUACUAUUGUUUCUUAAACAUAGAAUUUUAAGGCUGGGGCAAAAGUCCUUUUUACGUUGAAGGCUAAACUUUCAAAAAAUGAGACUAUUGGUCUAUAAUAUUGCAGCAAUCGAUAUCAUGAGACUUCUCUAAUGAAAUUCUUAUAAAUCAAAUGAUGGCACUGUUGUAGCUUUGAACUUUGAAUCUCUUGGUAGUAAAUUGCUUCUUUUUGUAAUCUGAUUGGCUAGCUGGAUAACGCAGCUAACUGAGCUACUCCAUAAGCAUUAGUAAUUGGGAGAGCCUUUGCCUUUAUUUCAUUAAACAUUUGAGGUUCCAGGAAGAAGGGGCUGGCAGAUGUGUGAGGCAGUUGGUCUUGUUGAAAAGUGCCGGGAAAUUCUUUAGAACAGUCCUGCUUUUAGAAGGUUGUUUGUGCCAGGAUACGUGAUCGCCCAGGGCCACAAAAUGAAAUUGUAAAAAGUUAACAUAUUAUCUUCCAUUUUCACGCCCCUGCUUUCCACUUUCUUUUCUCCCUCAAUUUUGCAGUUCUGACAAUUCUCGAAAGGGUCUGUAUGCUAAUGUAAAAAGGGACACUGCAGCUAAAACGAGUUCAUGUAUGUAGUUAAAACAUAUAACCUGAAUUGUCUGUUGUCCUUGAAAUCUGUGCCUGGACAUAAAUAUGCAUAACACUCCUUGUGUGAGCUUGCCUAAAUAGGUAGCUAAACAUUUGUCAAACACGUUUGCAGCAGUUUGUCAAUAAAGUUUAAUUCUUUUUGUAUAGAACUAAACUGAAUUCCCUCUUACUUUUCCUUAGAAAUAAACGCUUUUCUUUUCCUGCAGUACAAUAAACAUUUUCAUUAUAUAAACCUAAAA